AAUGAUAUCAUGAAAAUCUUAUUAAAAAAACCUCCAACAAAAUCAAAUUAUCGAUUUAGCAAAGCAAGUAAAAUACUCCCAAUACCAAAAUAUUUUCGAUUUUGAUUUGGCCGUUCUGACCACCCAUACCCCUCUCGGCUCCUCACCCCUUUCUCGUCCUCUCUCUCUUCUCCUCCUUUGCGCUCUUCGUUCUUUCUCUCUCCUCUGCAAACAAACGCUCUCAACACUCUUCCAAACCCUAAUCUUUCUCCUUCGUUCGUUCUCUCAAAUCUUCUUCCCCUAUUUUUCUCCUCGAAUCUCUUUGUUGUUGCCUCGAAUUUAUCGAAUCUCAGCUUUCGAUUUCGAUCUCAAUCCCUAACUAUGGCCGACCGUAAGAUUGAUCUGCCUGAUGAUCUCCUUUUACCGACUCCCAAAGCCUCUCUAGAAUAUGAUGAUGAAAAGGUCUCUAUGGGAUUCCUUGAUGAGGUUAAAGAUCAAGCAGCGUCCGAGAACAGCAUUCCUUUGUCCCCGCAAUGGCUUUAUGCUAAACCCAGCGAUGCUAAGCCGGAUAUGCGUGGCCCAAACACUCUUUCUCUUGGAAACUCCAUGGAUCCAUCUCAGAAGGAUUGUGACAAGAAGGACUGGAGGAAACUUGCUGCUGAGAAUGAAAGCACUAGGCGUUGGCGUGAGGAAGAAAGGGAAACUGGGUUACUUGGUAGAAGGGAUCGCAGGAAAACUGAUCGCCGCGCUGAAAAUGUUUCUGUGAGGGAAAAUACAGAGGCAAGAAACUCACCCUCUUCUGAGCGUUGGCAUGAUGCGACCAAUCGCAAUUCUGCCCAUGAAACAAGGCGUGAUAGCAAAUGGUCUUCUAGGUGGGGUCCUGAUGACAAGGAUAAGGAUUCACGACCAGAGAGGAAAACAGAUAUUGAAAAGGAAGACACUCAUAAUGAUGGUCAAUCCACUGGGAGUGGCAAUCGGGAUGCUGAAUCGCGUGAUAAGUGGAGGCCUCGCCAUAGAAUGGAGCCUUCUUCUAAUGCACCUACUCCAUUCCGUGCUGCUCCUGGAUUUGGCCCUGAUAAAGGAAAGGUGGAUGGUGCUAACAUGGGAUUUACUGUUGGAAGAGGGAGGUCAAAUGGUGUACCUAUUGUGAAGCCUGCACUGGGAAGUACAAGUGGCACUGUCAAAGUUGAUAAGAAUGAGCACAUUCUUGGGAAACCAAAUCUUGUGGCAGAGCAGUUUCAUUACCCCAGGGCUAAAAUUCUUGACAUUUACCGCUCACAAAAGCUCAGUGGAACUUCUUUUUCCAAGCCUGAUUUCAUGGAAGAAGUGCCCUCCUUAACUCAGGGGGAGGCUGUUGAGCCAUUGGCUUUUGUUGCACCAGAUGCUGAGGAAGAGGCACUACUUAAAGAUAUAUGGAAGGGAAAAGUUACUGGCAGUGGGGCUUCAAACAGUCCAUACAGACAGGGCAAGUUUUCUGAGGUUGCAACAGGUAUUGGCAACAUGGAUCCUCUUGAUGAAGACCAGGAUGCCCCUCCUCCAAUUGCUGGGGAGGCUAUCAGUUUCCACAAUUCAGCAAGUGGUAAACCUCGUCAGGCUGAUGGGAAAAAUGCUAAAUAUGCUGUAGAAUUGAAAGGCUGGAGCAUGGAAUCCGAGGGACCAAUGUCAGCAGUCUCGAAAAUUGCUGAUGCAGCACAAACUGAUGAUGAAAAUUACCAAAUCACUCCCCUCAAAGCUGCUGAGAUUGACCGUGCUACUUUUGAUAUUAGUUCUAACCUUCCCGAUGAUUCCAACUCAUUGUUUUUGUCAGAAUCUCUUGAAGAUAGUCGGGGUAACAGUUUGCUGUAUGCUCAGAGUGAGAGAAAUGGUAAUCGUGUCAGUGAUGGUGUACCACCUGAGGAGUUAAGCUUAUACUACCGUGAUCCUCAGGGAGAGGUACAGGGUCCAUUUCUUGGUGUUGACAUCAUCUCAUGGUUUGAACAAGGAUUUUUCGGCCUUGACUUACCAGUUCGCUUGGCAGAUGCUCCAGAACAUGCCCCCUUUCAUGAGUUGGGUGAUGUAAUGCCACAUUUGAAUGCUCAAGAAGGGCUUGGUAUCAAUUCAGAUUUAUGUUCUAAGAUUGAUAAUCCUGGAGGGUCCACAUCCACCUCUGAGAUGAAUGAUGUGUCCGCUUUAAAUAACCAAACUUGGCGGUUGUCAGAGUUGGACAAUCAUUCAAAUCAACCAGCUCACACUCGAAUGUUUGAGCAUGAUGUUUUAGCACAACAUGCUUUUUCUGAAGGGAAAGGUUUCCAUGAUUCUUCGGCUCAAGACGAAGAGAUUGUAUUUCCUGGAAGACCUGGGACAGCUGGGAGUGGCGGUAACCCUGUUGGGAGAUGUUUGAGAAGUGCUGAUGGGCCUGUGACAAAUCAUGUUGGUUAUCAUACACAUCCAAAUGAAGCAAAAGAAACUGGCAUGCCAGUUCAGAAAGAUGAUAAGCUGCACCCUUUUGGAUUGUUGUGGUCUGAACUUGAAAGUAAUUCAAACAGGCAAGCCCAACCUUCAAGUAUGCCCUCUACCAUGGGUAUGCCUGGUCAUCUUAUGGGUCAUUCUCCUGGGAGGAAUGCUCCUUUUGGUGGCCUUUCUGAUCAAAAUAUUGAGGAAUCGUGGCCUAAUUUCUAUGAUAAAGGUCCUAUUUCUAAUUCAAACAUGUUUGGGGACGCAUUGGAGACCCAACAUUUUUCUCACCUUGAUCAAGAAUCCAAUCACCGUGAAUUAGCUGAGCAGUUAAUGUCGAGACAACUUCAGCAGCAGCAUAUCCAACAGAGAAAUAUCUUGUCUCAACUUAAUCACUUGAAUGAGUCACCUCUAGAACAAGUCCCUGGCCGAGGAUCACUUCAUCACCAGUUGUCAAAUCAAUCUUUGUCCGAGGUUGAGCACAUCUUGGCUCUCCAGCAACAGCGGCAGCUGGAGCUCCAACAACGGCAGCUGGAGAUCCAACAACAUCAAAGUCAUCAAUUGCAGCCACAGCAGCAGCAACAACAACAGCUUCAGCAAAUUCUUUUGCAGGAGCAGCAGUCCCAGGCUAGGCAACUAAUCCUUGAGCAGUUUAUUCAUGGUCGUGAGCCUGGCUUUGCUCAGUCUCAUAUGGAUCCUAGUUCAGGCUUGGAUCAGAUGUUGCUGAAGCAGCAUCUUCUACGUGAUUCCCAAACCCAUUUGCAUCAGCCUUCAAGGCACAAUGAUCCUUACUUGGAACAACUAAUACAGGCGAAGUUAGGCCAAGUAACUCAUCAUGAUCGCCAGGCUGAUCUCUUAGAAUUGAUGCAGCACACACGGCAUGAACAAUUUCGGUCUCAACAAUUGCUGCAGCAGGAGCAAUUACAGGCUCGGCAGAUGUCAAUGGGCCUCAGGCAGCGACUGGAACUGGGGGAGGGAAGAUCAAUUGGCUCAGUUUGGCCUGUGGAAGAAGCAGAGCAAUUUCUUCGCAACCCUGUGGCCUCUCAACGAGCUCAUUCUGCUGCGUUCAGCCCACCUCCGUUUAGCCCUCUAGAUAUGCUGCAGCAGCAGCAGCAGCAGAGGGCGCAGCAGGAGGAGCAGCAGCUAAGAGAAAUAGAACGGAACAUUCAAAUGCAGGAGCGAUUGAAAAGAGGGUUAUAUGACCCUGGGACAUUACAAUACGAACGUGCAAUGUCUUUGCAAGGUGGAGGUCCUGGUGUUAACAUGGAAAUGGCUAAUGCUAUGGCUCGACUGCAGGGUUUGGAUAUUCAAGAUCCUAACAAUCAUUUACGCUCUGCAGGUCAACUGGGCUCAUUAGGUUCUGGGACCCAUUCUCAUCAUCCUCAUCACUCUUUUGUUCCUAAUGAAUUUAAUACUUCUCAUUUUGAUGGCGAGGGCCGCUGGCCUGACAGUGAUAACCGUGUGUCAAAUGAUUGGAUGGAAUCCCAUAUCCAACAGCUGCAUCUUAAUGCUGAACACCAGAAGAGGGAGCAACAACUUGAUGAAGAUAACUCAAAGAGAUUGCUCAUGGAACUGCUGCAUCAGAAAUCUAACAAUCAACCAACACAACCUCUAAGUUUGAAUGAAGGUCCACCAUUGGAGAGAAGAACUCCUGCAUUUUUUUCUGGGCCUAGCUCUAAUGAUCAUUUGUUUAACCUUGCCCAUGAGCGUGAUGUUGGUUUAGCCAAUCCUGCUGCUGUUCCAUCCUUUGUCAAUAUGGCAGCUGAACAAACUCAGCUCCGACUAGCUGAUGAGCAGGCUGGUGGUUUUGACAAUAGUGGGAGAUUGACUGGUCGAUCCAACUCUGGAAUAGUUAUGGAUGGAGAUGCUAUAUACACUGGAAUCAGUAGAAGUUCUUCGCUGAUGUACCCUAAUUCUGAUAUGGGAGGCAACACUUAUAUUGAUCGUGAAUUCUCUGAGGUAGAGGGAAAGAAGUGGGCUCCCAAAAUUGAAGACAUGGUGAAGGGUUCAAUGAUGGAGAAUCCUGAGAAUAUUUCAAAGCAGCAUGGAGUUACAGCAUUGGAUGGGAGGGAGAUACCAUCCAGUUCCAUCAACAGGCAGAGCUCAAUUGGGGUUGCUGCUGGACAAGGAGGAUUCUACAAUGAUAAAAUUGGGCGAUCUAAUUCUUUUACUGAGGAGGUUGAUAGGAUACCUACUGUUCUUUCCAGAGGUUCAGAAAAUGUCUUGUUUAAACGUCCACCUGUAUCUCGCCCUUUGUCAUCUCAGGAGGGUAUCUCUGGUCUAACAAUCGAUGCUCCCACUAAAGGAAUGAGCUCAUCUAUUGGAAAUCCUGAUGGUGGAAGACGGGAAAACGCAGCUGCACAAGCUCCUGAAACCUCUAUCAAGAAGGAUAUGCGUUUCAGACGAACUAAUUCUUGUAGCGACUCUGAUGUUUCGGAGACAUCAUUCAUAGACAUGUUAAAGAGUAAUGCUAAGAAGCCACCUCAGCCUGAUUCUCAUGUGACAGGUGCCUCAGAAUUGGCUGAUGCCCAGGGAAAGAGUGGGAAGAAGAAGGGGAAAAAAGGAAGGCAGAUUGAUCCAGCUCUUCUUGGCUUCAAGGUUACUAGCAACCGUAUCAUGAUGGGCGAGAUUCAAAGGAUAGAUGAUUAGCGCUUUUUUUUUUUUAAUGUAUUCAUUGCUGUACCUAAUUAUUUCUUCUUUAGGUCUUUUAAGAGGUGUACAGGAUUUUUUUUUUUUUUUUUUGUAAAGCCUUUUUCCCUCUUGUUGGGAAUUCAUUGAUUUUCAGGCCAAUUAUACCUGUUCAUGGAAAGGGGUGAUAGAAGAGCUGAUAUAGUGUUUAGGCAAGCUUAUGUAUCCCGUGUAGAGUUUUUGUACAUACUGAGUUUUUCAAGCAGUUUCAGAAUUAAAAUUUAUCAUUA